GGAGUAGGUUUCAAAAUGGCCGCUCAAAUGGCUACUAGUGCGAUGGAGAAAGUUUCAGAGAAAGUUUCCUUCGCAAAAAAGAUCCCAUUGCUGAUGAAGGCCACUUCAGACGAUGAUAAUCCAACUUCUGGUUACAUGUAUCAGGAAAUAACUAGUACUAAAGAUUUUGUGUUAUGUUGGAAGCAAUGGUCAUUCUGAGUUCAGAAGUGCAUUGCGGCAUAAAGCUGAUGUUGUCAGAGAAACUGAAAGUUUUACUGGUCAAUUAGAUCAUCUACAGGGCGAUGCCCUCAAUCAACGAGUUAGAGCUGCUGCGUCAGAAUUAAUUGGACUUCUCUUCAAUGUUGAGAGCAGUGGAAAGUCAACCAUGCAUGCAAUGAUGGGACCAACAGGAAAGAAGAUGGAAGGAUUUGGAAACUCACCUUCUCAACAGCCAAAAAGCAAAACAUGGCUUGACUCCAUGAAAACUCUUGCUGAACGUCUUCCAGAGGCAGCCAAUCGUUUGGCAUCAAAGAACGAAAAGGAAAGUAUGGCAUCAACUGGAGGAUCAAGCAUCAGAUUUGUUAACUACGUUGAUUUUUCAGAUCCCAACUCAGAUUCCAAGAAAUUUGUGGAUGAUGAAAUUUCCAAUCGUUCAUCAGAGGACCAAGAAUCAUUAGAAUCAGAAGAUAGCUUGUCUGUAGAGGUUCAUCUCGUUGAAAACAUUACAUCUGAAGGUGGAAUACGUGCAGUACCUUCUAAGCAAGAUUUAAAUCACUUCACAAAGAGAUGCUCUUCCUUGAAUUUUGAUGAAGUGUUGAUAGCACUAAACAACAGACUACUGGAACCAAUUACUGAAGUUCAAUUGAAAUCAUUACAUGUUUUGGAACAUCUUUUAAAAAGUGAUAUUUCCUGUGUGGCCUCAAGAAUGUCUCGAUUUUGCACAAAUUUGGAAGAAAUUACUAAAUCAGAAAGUGGUAGUGUUUUAUCUAAGGCUACAAAGAUCUUGUAUUUAAUGAAUGCAAAAACAGAAAAAGAGAGAAUUCAAAAAGAUGUUCGAUUUUCAGUUGAAGAGAGAGACGUUCCAGAGGGUGGAGAAUCUUUAGACUCCACACUUCAUUCUAAAGCAGAUCAAACUCUUACUCUAUUUUCUGGAAUGAGUUUACAUUCGCAGACAGAUACCACCAAGUUAUCCGCACUAUUUGAUUCUAACACUACUGGUCCAGAGAAGAGAUCUUCAGAGGGAAAUCUGGAUGUCUUCCAAGGACUUGAUUUUUCAAGUGGGAGUGACACCUCUAGAAAUAGCAAUAAUGCAAAUCAAAGAUCUAAAGGAGCUAAAUCAGACUUUGAGGAUUUCUUUUCCGUCAAAGAGGAUAUCACACGAUCAGCCUCGGUCAAAAAAGCCAAUGGCCGAGAAGCCGCUAAGGACAGCGUGACAGAUCUGUUUGAUCCAUUACUCAUCGACAGCAAGAAUUCUCCUGGAAAUCAUGUCACACAAUCCAAUUUAACUUCAAUUGUUGAAGUAAGAAAACACCACAAUUUCAACUCACAGAGAAACGUUCUAGAGGAUCCGCAACUUGUGAGCUACGGAAACAGUGUGAUACCACCUCAGGAUAACAUUCUAAGUCCAAUGAACUCUUUGAAUGUAAAUACCGCCGCCUCUGCCUCAGUGAAUUUCACAAGUGGUUCACAAAUUUGCCGGAAUUCAGACGAUUUGUCACACAACAGAACUUCACCGCCAAAUGUCACGUUGCCUACCAGCGGAGCGCAGAGAACAAAUCGGCGAUCUUUACAAUUUCCUUAUAGCCACCAUCCAGUCUUUCAACAGCCUGUUACAAGUAGUGCGUCUUCAAUCCCUCUAAGACUUCCUAAACAGUCGAGUCAAAGAACCGAUUUUAGUUUUGUCGGAAAAUCCGGUAGGGCAGAUGCGUUUAGUUUUGUCAAAGACGAGAUGAAAGCAAGGAAAUAGAUUCAGAAGUAAAUUGAUUUUGUCGCGAAAAAAAAAAAAAUGUCAGUGACGAAAAUUUGUAAACAUCGUAGAAUGCAUCGAAGAUAUGGUUGAAUAUUUUAAAGAAAAGAAAAGGAGUAGUUUAUGUACGGUGAGAAUUAAAUAAAUUCUAUUAUAUAUUUUUA